UGACAGGGCGAGAUAGACACUGACCUGUCUGUGAGCAAUUACUUUUUAAAGUCGUUUAUUUGUGUCUAGGCAGUUACAUUUAAAAAUUUUAAAAGUUAUUUAGACUUUUGUCAUUUGAAAUGAUAAAGAACGGUCAUCAUACAUCAAGCGAGAGCGGGGCAGAACCCGGCAGCACUGUGGGAGCAUGUAGUCCUGAGAAAAGGAAGCGCGUUGUCCGGGUUUGGUGCGAUGGAUGCUAUGACAUGGUACAUUAUGGUCACUCCAACCAGCUGAGGCAGGCCAAAGCAAUGGGAGAUUACCUUGUUGUGGGAGUACACACAGAUGAGGAGAUUGCCAAACACAAAGGACCCCCUGUGUUCACGCAGGCUGAGAGAUAUAAGAUGGUGCGGGCCAUUAAGUGGGUGGAUGAGAUAGUGGAGGGGGCCCCUUACGUGACCACGUUGGAGACACUAGAUAAAUACAACUGUGACUUCUGUGUGCACGGAGAUGACAUCACACUAACAGUGGAUGGGAAGGACACGUACGAUGAAGUUAAGAGGAUGGGCAGAUAUAGAGAGUGCAAACGUACCCAGGGUGUGUCGACGACAGACCUGGUGGGCCGCAUGCUUUUGAUGACCAAAGCACAUCACAGCAACAUUGACAACUCAGAUUACCAGCAGCACACAGACAACUUUGGAAAGGGGCCUAAAGGUCACAGUCCUUGGACAGGAGUGUCCCAGUUCCUCCAGACGUCUCAGAAGAUCAUCCAGUUUGCCUCUGGUAAAGAGCCUCAACCAGGAGACACCAUCAUCUAUGUGGCCGGAGCCUUUGACCUCUUCCACAUUGGUCACGUGGACUUUCUAGAGACAGUGUACAAACAGGCAGAGAGACCUUACGUCAUAGUUGGGCUGCACUUUGAUCAGGAAGUGAAUCGCUACAAAGGGAAGAACUACCCUAUAAUGAACGUCCAUGAGAGAACUCUGAGUGUGCUGGCCUGCAGGUAUGUGUCUGAGGUGGUGAUUGGGGCUCCCUACGCAGUGGGAAAAGAUUUGCUGGAUCAUUUUAAGGUGGAUCUGGUGUGUCAUGGGAAGACAGAAGUGUUUCCUGAUAAGGAUGGUGCAGACCCAUAUGCCGAGCCUAAGAGGAGAGGGAUAUUCCGUACACUAGACAGUGGAAAUGGCCUAACCACCGAUGACAUUGUGCAGAGAAUAAUUGAGAACAGGUUACAGUUUGAGGCCAGGAACCAGAAGAAGGAGGCUAAGGAGAUGGCAGUAUUUGAGGCUAUGAAGCGCAGAGAAGAGGGAGGAAAGAGUGAAGACUGCGCUCAAGCAGCUGCAUUGUAAAAAAAGAAAGAAAGAAAGAAAGAAAGAAAGAAAGAAAGAAAGAAAUGACUUUGCUCAGCAGAUCAGACCAAACUUGUGCUUGACCAGACCAAAAAAAAAAAAAGAAAAAGAAAAGAAAACUAAGUAGCUCAAGCCUGUAGUUCCCAACUGCUGCAUCUCUCUGACUUGUUCCUUCCCCUUCAGAAUCUAAUUUAACUCCAACAGUCACAGUAGUAUCAGUGUUUAUAAGCUUUUAUUCAAGAUGAGAUAGAUGGUGACAGGGAUUUUUGACUGGCUUUAAUCGACUGUUAGCUCAUCACUGCUUGAUGAGUGAACUCGUGACAAUACCUAUUAAAUGGGUGAAAAAAAUGAUAAUAGUUUACUCUCUCUAACUGAGAGGAAUAAGUAAUUGUCAUCACACUAAAAAAAAACGAUGAAGAAAAAAAAUGUGUCAUUUUAAAAGUUCUCCGUUCAUCUGAUAUUUUCCUGCAUACAUGACCCCACUGAGAAAAGAAGAAACUUUAUGAAACUAUGUGAAGUAGUGUAAUUCUUUCACUUAUUUGUGCAUUUUCUUUGGUUUUGCAUGGUACUCUAAGAGUUUGAAAACAGCUCUGUCCUCACUGUCCGUCCUCAGGCAUUGCUCGGCUUGUAAUGUCCGCGUUUUCUAUGGCAUUACUGGGAUUGUUUCGUAGCUAACUGUCAGCCUCAGGUGCUUCAGUGUAUUCUCAAGGUGUCCCUUUUCUGUUUUUUUUUUUUAAAUGGGUUCAAGUGAAACUGAUCUAAGGUUUUAUGUGACUAAUGCACCAAAGACUCUUUUGAUUAAAAAAAAAAAAAAAAUCUUGCAUGAAUUUUGGUUAGGUAUAAAUUAUGUUAUGAAUGUCUCUCCCUGACAGGUUAACAUUAUACAUCCUCCCAUAUUAGGCUCACAAAUAUCAUUAACAUUGUGUAAGAGAUGGGUCAUAAACUGUGGUACUCAGUUUUUCACAAAUGGUUCACUGAAUUCUAGCAGUAGGCCACGUGCCAGUUCAUCCUCUCAUAGCACAAGGGUGUUAACUUCCAUGUUCCACAUCCUGUGUUUUUGAUCCGUUCAUACAAAGCAUUCUGUUUUCUGUUAUGUAGGUUGGUGCUCGCAAAGUUUUUUUUUGUCAUUAUAUUUUUAAUAGAUUUUUAACAGAAUCAUGUACGUACAGCUGCGCGGACAUUUUUUUUAAUUAAAUCAUUUACUGGGAGCGUUCACAGCUAGAGCAAAAGAGAAAGAAUGUAAUUUUAAAUAUUUUACAGAGUUUGAUAAUGUGUUUGUCUUCAUUAGAUAUGGCUGAAAAUCUUGAAUGACCAAUUGUUUAUGUAUGGGAAAGUUAAUCCACGUUUGUGUUGUUUUCUGUAUGUCAUUGUGCUGUGUGUGUGUGUG